CGGACGGGCGACGAGCCCGAAACUUUCGAGCCGAGUUCUUGACGAGUUGCGUAGCGGUCGGUGGAGUGAGAUGUAGAGAUGCGCCGACGGCCCGGAGACGUUUCUUUCGCGCAGAGGGCAACCAGUGAUAAUGACGACUGAAGGUGGUUCAGAUAGUGAAGUAAAAGAAUCAGAGAAUCUGAGGACUAACACAGGAAGUGAAAAUGCUGGAGAUGCACCAGAAAGUCAAGAAGAUCAGAAACAAAUAGAAGAAGGUUCUCCUGUCCUUCCAACUGCAGCUACCCAAAAGAGCCCUAAAAGCUCAGGAGGAAAGGGCAUUUCUCGUUUUAUCCCUCCCUGGCUUAAGAAACAAAAAUCAUACAGCAUAUCAGAACCCAAAGAUGAAACUAAGAAAAGAGAGCAUCUAGCAUCAGAAGAAGAGACAGCAGUGGAGGAAGGAGAAGGUCAUCUUUCAGAAGAAGAAGCUCAAUCUAAAGGAAAAUUAGAGGACAUUUCUGAGAAUCUUCAAGAAGCUGAAGUGGGUAGUGAUAAAGAAGAAAAACAUGUUGAGUCACAGUCUGAUAAAGAAGACAAAGAAAUUGUUUCUGAAGCUACUGAAAACACAGAAGAUCGGAAAAGAGAGACAAAAGAGGUGCAAACAAGUGAAAUCAAAAUAGAAAGAAUGCUUCAAAAAACUCCUAAGAAGAUCAGGAUAGUACAGGCUAAAGUAGUGCUUUUGGAUGGCACAGAAUACAGUUGUGACCUUGAGAAAAAAGCAAAAGGGCAGGUGUUGUUUGACAAAGUAUGUGAGCAUCUUAACCUACUGGAAAGGGACUAUUUUGGCUUGUUAUUCCAAGACCAUACAGAUCAGAAGAAUUGGCUUGAUACUUCAAAGGAAAUCAAGAAGCAAAUUCGCAAUUUGCCAUGGCAGUUCACCUUUAAUGUGAAGUUUUACCCACCUGACCCUUCACAAUUAACAGAAGAAAUCACCAGGUACUUCCUUUGUUUGCAGCUUCGUCAGGAUAUUGCUUCUGGACGUCUACCAUGCUCUUUUGUGACCCAUGCUCUGCUUGGUUCAUAUACUUUACAAGCUGAACUAGGUGACUUUGAUCCUGAGGAGCAUGAUAGUGGUUACAUACAGGAAUUCCAGUUUGCACCUAACCAGACAAAAGAGUUGGAGGAUAAAGUAGUAGAAUUACACAAGACACACAGGGGUUUGACUCCAGCACAGGCAGAUUCCCAAUUCAUAGAAAAUGCCAAGCGGCUAUCCAUGUAUGGAGUGGAUUUACAUCAUGCUAAGGAUUCUGAAGGUGUGGACAUCAUGUUGGGGGUUUGUGCCAAUGGGCUACUCAUUUACAAAGACAGACUUCGGAUAAAUCGUUUUGCAUGGCCCAAAAUUUUGAAGAUUUCUUAUAAACGCAAUAAUUUCUAUAUUAAAAUCAGACCAACUGAACUGGAACAGUUUGAGAGUACUAUUGGCUUUAAGCUGCCAAAUCAUAGGGCUGCAAAACGAUUAUGGAAGGUUUGUGUGGAGCAUCAUACUUUUUAUAGGCUUGUAUCACCAGAACAGCCUCCAAAAGCCAAAUUUCUGACACUGGGCUCCAAGUUCCGUUACAGUGGACGUACCCAAGCACAAACACGCCAGGCUAGCAAUCUCAUAGAUAGACCUGCCCCAUACUUUGAACGGACCUCAAGCAAACGAAUCUCCAGGAGUCUUGAUGGUGCUCCAGUAGGCAUUGUAGACCAGAGUCUGCUAAAGGACUUUUCUGUUGCUGCUGGUGAGAGGACCUUUGAAACAGCUGGACAGCACAAGUUUAAAGACGAGGAAGGCAGAGAUGUGGAUGGAGGCAUUGCUAAAAUGUCACAAUUAGAAGAUGGAAAGCCUAAAGCAACUUCUCUGAAUGUUUUUAAUGGCGCUACUCUAAUAGACAAAGCAAAGGAAGAGAAGACGGAAAUGGAAGAGGACGAAAUUCACAAGAAGGAACUGGAUAAGACUCAGGAUGAAUUACUGAAGCAUCAGGCUAGCAUUAGUGAACUCAAGCGCAAUUUUAUGGAAUCCACUCCUGAGCCACGCCCCAAUGAAUGGGAAAAACGGCGUAUCACACCUCUAACUCUACAAGCACAAGGGAGCCUAGAAGAGGAGAUAGCAUCCAUUUUAUUUAGUAAAGAGGGGUUUUCCACUAGCAUGAAAUCUGCCUUCACUUCAGCUUUCUCGUGGACAGCAGAGGGCGCUGUUGGGAAAGAUAAUGUACCUUCUGAAAAACACUCUGCCUCAUCCAUCUCUCAGCUAUUACCUGAGAAAUUUACUUUCCAAACAGAAGAACCUUCCAUUGGAACCAGCAGGACUAUUAAGAGUUCACAUGAGACUCUGGACAUAGUGGAGAAGAAACAGGCAGAGGUUGGGAUAGCAGAGACAAUAGUCACAGAUGAUACCAACAGGGGGAAAAUGCCAUUUGUCUGUGGUGGUGGGGAAAGUCAGAAGAUGGAACAUCUAGCAAAAAAAGACUCUUCAUCACUGUCAUCCAAUAGCAGCAGUAGUGAAAGUGAAGAUGAAGUAGGAGAGUAUCAGCCACACCAGCAGAUUAUACAAGAUACUAUAAAAGAAGAAUUGGAAGAAAAUGAAACUACCAAAGAGGAAGAACAGAGCUCAACAGCAGAAGUUUGUGUUAAAUUUUCAGAAGAAGUCAAUCCAAUUCAAACAGCAAUUGAGCACAAGCAGUUGACUGAAGCUCUGGUCCAAACAAAUGAAGCUUCCAUAAACACAUCAGAAAAGUUAAGAAGAUUGGAUGAUGAAGACCUGAAAGAAGAAAAGGAGGAAGAUCUACCCAAACUAAAUGGAGAAGCAUUGCAUAUUGACAUUGAUGUUUCACCACAAUUAAUUUGUUGCUCAGAGCCUCCACUUAUUAAAACUGAGAUGGUGACGAUUUCAGAUGCUUCACAAAGAACUGAAAUAUCCACCAAAGAAGUCCCAAUUGUUCAGACAGAGACUAAAACAAUCACCUAUGAAUCUCCUCAGUUUGAUGAUGGUGGUGAUGCUGGUAUGUUGUUGAGUGCGCAGACAAUCACAUCAGAAUCGGUCUCUACUACCACAACUACACAUAUUACUAAGAUGGUAAAAGAUGGUGUGUCAGAAACCAGAAUCGAAAAGCGUAUUGUUAUCACGGGAGAUGCAGAUCUUGAUCAUGAUCAGGCAUUGGCACAAGCCAUUAAGGAAGCCAAAGAGCAGCACCCUGACAUGUCUGUAACAAGAGUAGUGGUGCAUAAGGAGAGUGAACUUGAAGAGGAAGGCCAUUAAGAUUUCUGAAGAAUGCUUUGAGACUAUGAAGAACUUAAAUAAUUCCAAGUUGAUAUCCCAGCCAGUCUUUCACUGAAUUCACCAAGCCUCACCACAGGGACCAAACUUCUCUAGACCGAAUUACCAACCUUACAGUUUUUAAUGUAUGUCUUUGUUUUUAUAACUGAUUUUUAACAUUCUUGGAUUUUUUUUUAAAUGAGGUAUAGAGAAUUUUUUUUGUGUUCAAUUCCCGGCUAUUUUUGUAUAACUGAUUUCUUGUUUGCAUGAAAGUAAGCAAAAAUAUUUAGAAAGCACUGUUUACUUAAGCAAUUUUAAUAUGCAGGGAAAAGGAACCCUGACUAAUUUAGAUAUAGACUUUUCAAAAAUGUCUCAAAGACUUAACUGGAAAAAUUUUACUUUUUCAGAUAAAUAUCAAACAAUACAAGAAAAAUAUUCUUUUUAUUAAAAAAUACAAAAUGUUCUUAUAGCUUGGCAGGGAAAGUAAACUGAAAAUCUGUAUGAUUUUAUAUAGAUUCCUAUAUAAAAAAAAUUGUUUAUUCUGAUGAUCUCCUAUUUUUUUGAGGGAACUGGUGCUGAUAUCAUAUAGAAGCGAUGUUUUAGUUAUAAAAAAAAAUAUUUCUACUGACCAACCACUGUUCAAGUAGCCUUUUGUUUGCACUUCACUGUCCUCAGCCAGUCCCUUCAGAGAGAGACCUAUAGGGGUCUGCAACAUUCCACAGUUGGAAGGACUUUGCUCUGUCCUUCCAGCAAAUUUAGGCAGCUUAAAACUUAACACUUUCCUCUUAGUAUGUUAAAUGUCAGAUACUCCCAUUAUAUAAAUGUAUCUGCAGAAAAAGGUUGCUUUGCCUAAAAAAACCAGGGCUGGCAGCGCUUCUGAUUCAAAUGCAGAAAGUGUUUCAGAGCACACACUGAAAGCAGCAGGCAGAAUAUCUCUCUGCAACUCCUUAAACAAAGCAAGAUUUUUCCAUAGGUUUGUCUGUACGAUCCCAGGAAUAGACAUAUCUCACUUAAAGAGUUACAGUCCAGCACCAUAGACGGUCUCUCUCUCGGACUCUUUGAAGUGCCUUUUUGUCUUUGAAUCUUAAGUGCUGCCCAGCCCUAAUAAAAACUCAUUAACUCCUGUUAUAACUGACAUUUGUUGAGCAGUUAUUGUUUAAGUAGCUUGCCUAAUAAUAGGAACAGGUUUUGAGAACCAGAAGGAACCAAGGGUAUGGCCUUAGGCCCAUUAUCAGUGGUGCCUGCUACUGAGGAGGUCUCUAUGAAAACCUGUUGACUAUAUCCAUUUUUCUCCAUUGUUCACCAUAUGAACUGUAUAGUUAAGAUGCCAUAUUAAAUUUAUAGCAGCUUGAAGUUGUAUUAAGUGAUAUUUUGCUUGCAUAAUACUGUUAUAAAAUAAAGUUUCUUUAUUCUCUAAAUGUUUCUCUGCUUUUAAUAUUUGACAUUAAAAAUAAUGUAAACCUA